AAAGAAAGAUGAUAAGAAAAUGCAUCCAAAUUUUAAAUUUUAAUGGAAUAAUUAUAUGUCGUCGAUCUUCGUCGUCAUCUAGUCGAUAUUGCAGCCAUUGCUGUUCCCGAUCGUUUUCGUUCCGAAAUCCGUGCGAUUCGCGGUAUAUGCGGCUGUCGUCGUUUUAAUUGUUGACAAUAAUUUUUUAAUAAACACUACUACCAGUAGCAUAGCCCAUGCACGUACAACAGCGACCUGAAAUGACUGUCCAAAUUCCGUUAGUUUGUGGUCUACUGUUGAUACGUGUGCGAUGAACGUUGCUCAACACCCUCUUGGUGGCAUAAAAAGUGACCGGCCAUGGACGACAAUGAUCAAGUGAUUUUUUACCCAAACCAAGGAGUAGAUCCGCACAACCGAUGUUGCGGUGGUUCCAUGUGGUGUAUUCAAGACAUAUGUGGUAUUAUAUGCGCUAUAUUCACAUGGCUGUUGAUACUGUAUGCUGAGUUUGUAGUUACUUUUGUCACACUACUACCAUGCCCAUAUCCAAUUUUUCAGUGUGUCAACAUGGUGAUAUUCCAAAUCUUUGCUUUCCUUGCGAUGGCUUCUCAUCUUCGCACAAUGUUUACAGAUCCGGGUGCAGUGCCAAAAGGAAAUGCUACAAAAGAAAUGAUACAAAAUUUAGGUUUACGUGAGGGUCAAGUAAUAUAUAAAUGUCCAAAAUGCUGUUGUAUUAAACCUUCAAGAGCCCAUCACUGUUCAGUUUGCCAAAGAUGUAUUAGAAAAAUGGACCAUCAUUGCCCAUGGGUUAACAAUUGUGUUGGAGAAAAAAAUCAGAAAUUUUUUGUAUUAUUUACGCUAUACAUUGCUGCUAUGUCAAUGCAUGCAUUAUACUUGUGUGUAAGCCAAUUUGUUUGGUGUCUACAUUCCGAAUGGAAGCAAUGUUCUUGGUAUACACCUCCCGCAACAGUAGUUUUUUUGAUAUUUUUAGGUUUUGAAGCAUUACUAUUUGCAAUUUUCACCAUGGUAAUGUUUGCCACUCAACUACAAGCCAUAUGCUCUGAUGAAACGGGUAUUGAACAAUUAAAAAAAGAAGAAGCUCGAUGGAUGAAAAAAUCUAAAUGGAAAAGCUUACAAGCUGUAUUUGGUAGGGUUUCCAUAACUUGGCUAUCACCUUUUUCACAGCCAGCUCCUAAGAUCAAAGUAGAUAAUUAUCUACAGGUCUAGUGAUAUAAACAGUAUUUACAUAUUUUAAAAGUUUACCUCUCGUACCUAAUAAUAUUAAUGAUUUUACUAUAUAAUAUUCUUGUUAUUUUAAAAUAAAUUUAUAAUACUAUAAAUUUAAAAAUGAUGACUGUAUCUAAUAUAAGACAAUGAUUCUUUU